AAGGGCUCUGGUUUAUAAAGGGGCCCAGCCGCGCGCGGUCUCCAAUCUGCCAUUUUCUGUCCCUGAAUAGGUCUCUGGCGUCCCCAAUUCCCUGUUUUCCUCACAGACUCUAUUCCGCCCGUUGGUCCACCACCUCAGGGGAACGAUGGCCGCAGAGUCCACAGCCACUGCCGCCAUCGCUGCGGAGCUGGUUUCCGCCGACAAGAUUGAAGAAGAUGCUCCUGCUCCUUCUACCUCUGCAAAUAAAGUUGAGAGUCUGGAUGUGGAUAAUGAAGCUAAGAAACUGUUGGGUUUAGGACAGAAACAUCUGGUGAUGGGGGAUAUUCCAGCAGCUGUCAAUGCAUUCCAGGAAGCAGCUAGUCUUUUAGGUAAGAAGUAUGGAGAGACAGCUAAUGAGUGUGGAGAAGCCUUCUUUUUCUAUGGGAAAUCACUUCUGGAGUUGGCAAGAAUGGAGAAUGGUGUGUUGGGAAAUGCCCUAGAAGGUGUGCAUGUGGAAGAGGAGGAAGGAGAAAAAACAGAAGACGAAUCUCUGGUAGAAAAUAAUGAUAACAUAGAUGAGGAAGCAAGGGAAGAGUUGAGAGAACAGGUUUAUGACGCCAUGGGAGAAAAAGAAGAAGCAAAAAAACCAGAAGACCAGUCUCUGGUAAAGCCUGAAAUUGAUAAAGAGCAGGAGACUGAAAUGGAGAAGGGUGGAAGAGAAGACAUGGAUAUAAGUGAGCCUGCAGAGGAACUACGGGAAAAAGUUGAAUCCACUUCAGAUCAGUUAACUGAAACCACUGAGGCAAAAGAAAUAGCAGCACCAGAAGGACUGAAUGAAGUCAAGGUCACUUCUGGGAAGCCAGAACAGGAAUUACCAGAUGCUGGGGAAGGAGAAUCAGUUUGUGGAACUGACAUCCAAGAAGAAUCCAGAGAAAAAGGAGGUCAGGAGAAGCAGGGAGAAGUAAUUGUGAGCAUAGAGGAGAAGCCAAAAGAAGCCUCAGGAGAGCAGCCUGUUACGACUCUUGAAAAGCAGGGUACUGCAGUGGAGGCAGAAGCAGAGCCUAUAGAUUCAGCAGUAAAGCCAGUGGAUGUGGGUGGGGAAGAGCCAAAGGAACAGGUAGCUGCCUCUGAAAAUGAGCCAGGAAAGGGUGUGCUUGAGCAGCUGGUAGGGCAAGAAAUGCCUCCUACUGGAGAGUCGCCAGAGGUGACAGUAGAGGCUGCAGAGGCCUCAGCUGCAGAAGCUGGGUCCGAAGUGUCUGAGAAGCCUGGGCAGGAGGCCACAGUUCUCCCUAAGGAUGGUUCAGUCAAUGGACUGUCAGCUGCAGGAGGUGAGACUCCUGUUGAACAACAGACUAAUGCAGAAGGACUGACUGAAAGAAAAGAUGGCUCAGGACUAGAGGAGAAGGUCAGGGCAGAGUUGGUUCCUAGCCAGGAGGAGACCAAGCUGCCCAUAGAAGAGUCUGAGGCAGCUGGAGAUGGGGUUGAGACCAAGGUAGCCCGGGGGGCUACUGAGAAGUCCCCUGAAGACAAAGUUAAGAUAGCUGCUAAUGAAGAAACACAAGACAGAGAAGAACAGAUGAAAGAGGGUGAAGAAACUGAAGGCUCAGAAGAGGAAGAUAAAGAAAAUGACAAGGCUGAAGAAACGCCAAAUGAAUCACUUCUUGAAAAUAAGUCUCCUCAAGAAAAUGAAGAGGAGGAGAUCGGGAAUCUAGAGCUUGCCUGGGAUAUGUUGGAUUUAGCAAAGAUAAUUUUUAAAAGGCAAGAAACAAAGGAAGCUCAGCUUUAUGCUGCACAGGCCCAUCUUAAACUUGGAGAAGUUAGUGUUGAAUCUGAGAAUUAUGUCCAAGCUGUGGAGGAGUUCCAGGCUUGCUUAAACCUGCAGGAGCAGUACCUGGAAGCCCACGAUCGGCUCCUUGCAGAGACCCACUACCAGCUGGGCUUGGCCUAUGGGUACAACUCUCAGUAUGACGAGGCAGUGGCACAGUUCAGCAAAUCUAUUGAAGUCAUUGAGAAAAGAAUGGCUGUACUAAGUGAGCAGAUGAAGGAGGCUGAAGGAUCAUCUACUGACUAUGAGAAGGAAAUUGAGGAGCUGAAGGAACUGCUACCUGAAAUUAGAGAGAAGAUAGAAGAUGCAAAGGAGUCCCAGCGUAGUGGGAAUGUAGCUGAAUUGGCUCUGAAAGCAACUCUGGUGGAGAGCUCUACUUCAGGUUUCACUCCUAGUGGAGGAGGCACUUCAGUCUCCAUGGUUGCCAGUAGAAAACCAGCAGAUGGUGCUUCCUCAUCAAAUUGUGUGACUGAUAUCUCCCACCUUGUCAGAAAGAAGAGGAAACCAGAGGAAGAGAGUCCCCGAAAAGAUGAUGCAAAGAAAGCCAAACAAGAGCUGGAGGUGAAUGGAGGCAGUGGGGAUGCCGUCUCCAGUGGAAAAGAAGUUUCAGAAAACAUGGAGGAGGAGGCUGAGAAUCAGGCUGAAAGCCGGGCAGCAGUGGAGGGGACAGUGGAGGCCGGAGCUACAGUUGAAAGCACUGCAUGUUAAAGAGAGGGCGUAGAGCCUUCCUCCUGAGGGAAAGUUUUUGUAUAUAAUGUAUUUUUUCACUUUGGGGGGAUUCUUUUUGUAUAACUUCAAUAAAGAUUGUAAGCAAA